UUACAUUUCCUCUUCCUUUUUUUGUAUUUUAGGAAUAUUAUAAAUGAUUUCUCAAACUUGAGAAAAGAUGCUAACAUGUACUUCUUCCUCUUACAGGAAAAGGAAACCAACAAGAAGAAAGGACGGUCUAAAGAAGUGAUGAUCCAUGAACCUGCAGUGUUGAUUGAAGGAGUUCUGUUCCGUGCUCGGUACUUAGGCUCAACACAGCUGGUUUCCGAAGGCCAGCCCACUAAGACCACUCGGAUGAUGCAAGCAGAAGAAGCAGUUUCACGGAUAAAGGUAAGGUUGGAGGUCUUAAGUAUUUUACAUCAAGACUUGCAUUUUGUUUACAUCAAUGUUAAAGAAGUAGCAAAUUCCAGACCAGUUGUUAACAAAUACAAGAAAGUUUUAUUGGAAAUGUGCUCCCCAUGUAUUUACAGUUCUGCAUGUAUAUCUGUAAUUUGGCAGGUCCUUGGUUUCGUGCUGGCUACCGUCGCUGCAUGUGUGUCAUUUGCUGCAACAUGUAACAUCUAUCCCUCUGUAGUUAUCUCUCGACUUUCAUUAUUAAUUAAUGAAUCUCGCCACUUAAAGAACAUUACAGUAGAUAGACAACCAACCAAAACAACAUUCCUCUGUCAGGAUGCAGAUGAUGAUAAGGAAGCGCUGGUGGAUAAUCAUGACCCACAACCACCCCCGGGUCCCCCACACUCUGCAAGCCCACAGGAGUCUCCCAUCUCCCAUCACUCUCCUGUACCUCCUCAGACAGCAUUAAAUUCAAGUUCAUCCAAGGAAUAUAAUUCACCCAGGAAUCUGCAUUCCCCAAGAGAUUCAAAAACCUCCAGGCCCCAUCCUUCACCUAGAGCCCAAGCCAGUCCACAGGUAAUUCAUUCACUGCAGACAGGCCAAGGCUACAGCCCAAAGUCUCCUGAAAAUAUGACCUCCAGGAACACCUCCGCUUGGAGACCAAUGCCACGGAUGUCUCAUAGCAUGGCAGCUUGCCCAUAUGUGUCUGAAGGAAAUUCAGGCCAUUCCAAUGUCACAAUUGUGGCUCCUUUACCAACUGGUAUUCUGGAAGAGCCCAUUGGAUCCUCAGAAAAUAUUGUAACUAUCAUAGAGCCAAAAGAGCCACAACAGCAGCAACAGGCAGAUAUUAGGGAUGGCAAAACCUACAAUGAAAGUAAGGCAGAUGAGAGGGAAGAUGUUGAUAAUGAUGGUGAAGAGGAGGAGGUGGAGGAAGAGGAGGAGGAGGAGGGAGUUGAAGAAGAUGAAGCAGAAGUGGAAGAUGAAGAGGAGGAGGAAGAUGAAGAUGAAGAGGAGGAGGAAGAGGAAGAUGAAGAGGAGGAAGAUAGAAGAGAUGAUGAACGGAAAGUCAUAAGAGCAGAUGAUGAAACAGAAGGGGAGGGUGAUAAAAAUGAGAGUAUUGACAGUGAAGAUCAGUGCAUAGAAGUCCUGACGGUAGUUCCAGGAGCCAGUGGAACCACCCCAGAUGAUAGGGAUGAGGAACUGGAUAUAGAUGGAGGUGGUGGGAGCUUGGACUGGGUGUCUGAGGAGGGUGGGGGACCAGGGCUUGGUCCUGCUGGGACAGUAUUCCACCUGCGCCUGGUUGGAUCGGUGGAUGUUGCUGAGGAGUCAGGUAAAGCGCCUGCGCGCAAGACUACCACUUGUAAGCGGCCCAAGAAGGAUAUGGUCAUGGAGGCCGUUUCACGUUUAAAGGCGUUGGCCCCUGAUGGAGAGUCACAGCCCAGCACAGAAGUGGAUCUUUUUAUAUCCACAGAAAAGAUCAUGGUGCUGAACACAGACCUAAAAGAGAUCAUGAUGGAUCAUGCCCUCCGUACUAUCUCCUACAUUGCUGACAUUGGAGAUCUCGUUGUUCUAAUGGCAAGAAGGAGAGUUCUGCCCACAGAUGAUACUGGCAACAACAUACAAAAGACACCUAAAAUGAUUUGCCAUGUAUUUGAAAGUGAUGAGGCACAGUUUAUAGCUCAGAGUAUCGGUCAAGCAUUCCAAGUUGCAUACCUCGAAUUUCUGAAAGCUAAUGGCAUAGAAGAUCACAGCUUUGUGAAGGAGAUGGAUUAUCAGGAAGUUCUAAAUUCACAAGAGAUAUUUGGGGAUGAACUGCAAAUGUUUGCCAAGAAGGAGCUGCAGAAAGAGGUUGUGGUACCAAAGAUGAAGAGUGAAAUCUUGGGUGUGGUGGUUGUUGAGUCGGGUUGGGGAUCUAUGGUCCCAACUGUGGUCAUAGCAAACCUCUCACCAACGGGUGCUGCUGCAAAGUGUGGCCAAUUGAACAUCGGUGACCAAAUAAUAGCUAUAAAUGGAGUUUCAUUGGUGGGAUUGCCCCUCUCAACUUGCCAGAACUAUAUAAAGAACACAAAGUAUAACACAGCUGUGAAGCUCACAGUUGUACCCUGUCCACCUGUUGUCGAAGUGAAAAUUCGAAGACCUGACACAAAAUACCAAUUAGGUUUUUCUGUACAAAACGGUGUUAUCUGUAGUCUAUUACGAGGUGGAAUAGCAGAGCGUGGGGGCGUACGUGUUGGUCAUCGUAUUAUUGAUAUAAAUAGUCAGUCUGUGGUUGCUGUUCCUCAUGAAAAAAUUGUAAAUCUUUUGGCUACUUCUGUUGGUGAGAUCCGGAUGAAGACCAUGCCUACUUCAAUUUUCCGCCUGUUAACUGGCCAAGAAACUCCACAGUAUAUAUAGUGCUUCACCUUUUGUGCUGUCCAUGCAUACUAAGUGCCACAGCCAUUCUCUCUCUCUGUGUGGGUGGAUUAGUGUGUGGGUGGAUCCAGAAGGGUGCCAUUCAAAUUAUCUGCACAUUGCUUUCUGACAACCAAAUGUGGCCAGCAUUCUCAUCUCAAAAAACUUGUAUAGUGAAAAUUACACAAAACCUCUUUGAAAAAAGUCCAGUCAAAGCUGGAGGACACUGCUCUCUGCAACAUGAAGAUCUAUGACCUAAAUGAUCAACAUACAAGGAGCCACUCUUUAUUGUUUCCAGAGUAGCACUAUGCUUACAGUAUAUACCAUGUGAAACAUGUUGGUUUGAAAGUAGGGUAUAGGUGGAUAAAUUUUUGAAAAUUUAGUCUCUAAAUAUAUGAUAGCAUGUUUGGAUUAAGGGCUUGUUUCUUAUAUUCCAUUAAUGGAGGUAAAAAAAUAUUUUAUACCACAAAAAGAGAAAUGAUUUAAUUUCAUUACUGCAGCACUAAAAUAAAAACUGAAAAAGAAUAAGAG